AUGGGCCACAUCCGUCCCUCCUGCUGCAACAUCUGCACUCCCGCUGUGCUUCGCAUUCGCCACAUCGGGACAGCGACAGCUGGAGGUCACAUGCGAUUGACCACGCUGCUGUCCCAUCAUCUGCAAUCGAGGCAGCGACGCCCGGCCCCCCACCGCUGCACAGCCAUACGACAAGUGGCCAACAUGACUGCCACGAAGCGCAAGAUUCCGAUGAGCUCGGCCAAGCCGGUGAAGAAGGCCAAGGUUGAGGUGCUCGACUACCAUCUCACACCUUCCGUCAAGGACGCAGACGCUGAGACUCAAUGGCCGGCGCCCAAAGCUGCCAUCAAGAGAGCCCGAGAAAUCAUUGUCGAGUGUGCAAACUCUCGCAAGACCACCGUGAUUGUACCCGACAAAGAUGCAGAUGGUCUUUCUGCCGGUGCCAUACUGAGGCAUACUUUAUUGCUGCUAGGCUUGCCGAAAGAUUCCAUCCACGUGCAUCUGCUCGCCAAGGGUAACAAUGUGCACUCCGAUCAUGAGCGCUCCAAUAUUGCCGCGCUGUCUCCCAGCUACAUAUUCCUAGUCGAUCUGGGGAGCCGCGCUGCGCCGCCAAUCAUCCCAACCGAGCAUGUCGGUUUGGUAAUCGACCAUCAUCAUGCGACUGAGCAGGACUUUCCGCAAAACUCGGAGCAUAUCACGGCCUGCCACUCUCCUCCUGUAGCGACGUCGUCGCUACUGACUUAUCAUCUUUGCGAAGCUCUUCAUUCAGAAGUGGCCUCCAAAUGUGACUGGCUCUGCAUUGUGGGCACACAUGGCGACCUCGGGAACACUCUGAAGUGGGAACAUCCCUUUCCUGACAUGAGAGCGACUUUCAACAAGUACACCAAGAAGACACUGAAUGAUGUCGUCUCACUGGUGAAUGCGCCGCGACGAACCGCAACUUACGAUGUCAAGAGCGCGUGGGACAGCCUUGCUGAGACGGCUGAACCAGCCUCUGUCUUGAGAAGCCAUCGACUUCUUGCCGCUCGCGCUGAGGUCAAUGCCGAAGUCGAGCGUUGUACACAUACAGCACCGCAGUUCUCGCCGGACGGAAAGAUCGCAGUCUUCAAGAUCGCCAGCGAAAGCCAGGUUCAUCCGGUCAUCGCAACGAGGUGGUCUGGUCACCUGCAGAGCAAAGCGCUCGAAAUCGUCCUUUGUGCGAACAGUGGCUAUAUACCUGGCAAGGUGAACUUCAGCUGCCGGGUACCCCGUUGUGCACGAGGCCGUGACCCUCCUGUUGACAUUAUCCAAAGUUUGCGAGCGUAUGCCAGCCUACCGGACCCAAGCUUGCAGCAAGAUGGUCAGGACACAACAACAGCGGAGACAUUGCCAUUACUAGAACGGCUGGGUGACGAUUUCGCGCGGGGCCACGUUCAAGCUUCAGGGGGCAUUGUAUCCUCGCACCAAUUCGAUGAACUUAUGCGAAUCAUGCAGAUAGGCGUCAAACGACCUAAAGACAAAGACAGCGGACCCAGCCAGCCAAAACAAAAGCAGAUCGACCCUGGCCAGAAGAACACGCUCGCCACUUACUUCAACAAAAGCUGA